CAAAACGAAAAUGACGCUUCACAUGUGACCAUCACAACCCUCCAAAUUCACUCAACCACAUCAAAACACGUCACACGCCUCAAUCACGAACUUCCGUACUAUCCUCAUCUGCACAGGGUGAUCAUAUAUGACACGUGGAAUACCAUACCCCCAAACGCCUUCAUCAGGAUGUAAGUUGAUUGCCGACAAUCACAGAGAAUUUGAAUGCGCAAUGGCAUGCAUAGAGUGGGUCCUUUAAAUUCUCUGCACCUGAAGCAGGAUUGGUUUGCCAAACCCUUCGUCACUACUGAUUAGGGGGGGAGAAAUUCAUUUCCUGGGAGAGGGGCUUUUUCAAUUGCAUGGUAGUUUCAUCAUCAAUGGAGGAAAAAUCCCCAAGCAGGUUGGAGCAGCUGGACUGGGGCGCUGCUACAAAUAUCGUUCGACGGCUCGAUGAGCCAGCUGACAUUGCCCGUUUCGCUGCUGUUUCAAAAUCCUGCCGUAGAAUGGUGGUUGAAAGUAGAUGCAUAAAAGAGCUAUUUAGCAGGAAAUUUCCAGAAGUAUCCAUGUUUGAUUCUGUGGCAGAAGAUAAAAUGAGCACAGAUGUAAGACCGGGCUCCAGCCAAGAUUCAGAGUGGAAGAAUUUAAAGAGAGAAAAUAAAAUUUAUUUUGUCCUAGCUCGUGAGGUUUCAAGACCACCUGUAGAAGCGAGUUGCAUUCAUGAAUCUAUUUGUGCUUCUAGCACUGACAAUUACCCACAAGAAACUAUUGCUAAUACUUUGGAUCCAGUGCACAAAGAAGCUGAAAGGCCAUCCUAUUGGUCAAGUAAAGGAGAGAGCAAUAGUGAGGUUCCUGAGACAUUGACUUAUGCAUUACACUCAAACUUGUGCGUUGUGCAUGAAGUUAAAAUCCGUCCAUUCCGAGCUUACUUCCAGAGGGGGGAUCCUAUAUACUCAGCAAAUGCAGUCCGUUUUCGUUUUGGUUAUUCUAGCUCAUCUCCUGAAAGCAAUACUUUAAAAUCUGACAGACUCAUGUCAAGUUCUCAAUUUGUCUCGGAAGAUUAUAUUUGGACAUAUGUUUCACCUAUUUACCAAAUGGAGCAGGAGGACGAAUUGCAGACUUUCAAGCUUCCAAGGCCAGUCUUGUGCAUUGGGGGCAUUUUGCAAGUUGAACUGUUGGGUAGGGUUCAAAAACAAGAGAUGGAUGGAUUGUAUUAUAUUUGUAUCUGUCUUGUGUAUGUGGUUGGAAGACCUCUCUCUUUCUUCAAUCUUGAGGUUUUAGGUGAGCCAAGGAAGUUUAUUCUAAAGCACUCAGAAAAGUUUAUUCCAAAGUAUGCAGAGAAUGGAGAAUGUCUAGGUAUGCUGGAAGAUGCUUCGAGAGUUCCUUCCGACGAUGAGGUAUCUGGAACUUGGAAUUCUAUUGCAGAGAGGAUACGGCAGAUCAGAGCCGGAAGGGUGCUUGCAAUGUUGGGUAAUAUUGGUGUGGUGAAUUAUGUUGCUCCACAUGAUUUUGAUUCAGAUGAGGAAGAUCUAGAUGACAAUUCUGCUAUGUUUUAAUUUUUCAUGUAGAAUGGUUUUUAAUUUCUUCCAGAGAUGGGAUUUGUAGGUGCUCAAUUUAAUGAUAUUGUGGGAAGAUUUAAUGGUGUACAGGAUAUGCAUUUUCUGUUUGUUUCAUUUCUUUGCUGAUAACCAGAUUAAAGUAGUGGCAGCAAAGUGUGAACUGACAGCCAGAUUAGUAGUGGCAGUGAAAUAUGUACAUUUGAGAGGCUGCCAAACAGUGUUCUGCAGCAAACAACAGUAAAAAGCUGUGUUGUUGCAAGUGAAUAACUCUGUGCAGUGUAACAUUGCUUAGAUGUUUUUCUUUGGUUAAAUUAACAGAUUGCUGAGUAGUGUCAGGUCAGUGGUUCUCAUUGCAUGGGCAUUGUCUGUGCUCGUACACUAUCUUUUGGCAUUCUUGAUACCUGAAAAGAGAUUAAUUUGGUGGUUUUGUUGAGGGACUGAAGAGUCUCGUUUGAGUCUUUCAUUUUCUAUAUGUUGUAAGUUUGAAUUAUAGAGAUUUUUGAAACA